GAAACCCAACAAAAAUUUUCCGCACAUACAAUGAUAUUUCGCUCACUCAAAAGAACCCACGAGAUGUUCAUGUCCGAUCUUAUGAAACCGUUACCACAGGAUGAUAUUAGCGACGAAUCUCGGAUGAACUUUAAAGUUAUGGAUGAAUAUUGCAAUGUAAAAGAUUUACCACCAAUCAAGCAAGCCAUGACAGGAAUAGCGACCUCCAACGAUAACGGAGAUCCAGAAAUCAUUGCAACGACAGAAAAUACUUCACAACCGAUUGUAACUGGAGGUCAUCCAUACCCGUCUGCACCAGGCGUCCAACUUUCCGAUAAUACUAUGGCUAAGGGAAAGCCUAUUUCUCAAGCCGCCAAGGACCAAGUGUAUCGUUCAUUACCUCCUUCCAAAGACCAGUUAGAAGUGCAGAAACGUGGCGCUGGAAUUGCUGACAUUAAAGGAAAAUCGAAUAAUGUAUUUCUUAAUUGUUCAUCCUUUUCGAAGGCUGUAGCCAAGAUACAACCGUCUAGUAGUCAGUUAAUAGCGCGAAAAGCAUCAUCUUUACCUAAGCCACAAUGGCAUCCACCUUGGAAACUCAUGAGGGUAAUUAGUGGCCAUCAUGGAUGGGUCCGGGCAGUAGCUAUCGAACCAGGAAACGAUUGGUUUGCCACUGGAUCUGGAGAUCGUACGAUUAAGAUCUGGGAUCUAGCGUCUGGACGAUUAAAGCUAUCUCUAACCGGUCACAUUAGUGUAGUACGUGGGUUAGCUGUUAGCCCAAGACAUCCGUAUUUGUUUUCCGUAGGUGAGGAUAAACAAGUGAAAUGUUGGGAUUUAGAAUGUAACAAGGUCAUUCGACAUUAUCAUGGGCAUUUAAGCGCAGUACAUGCUGUUGAUAUCCACCCCUCUAUAGACGUCCUCGUUACUUGUGGUCGCGAUGCUACCGCUAGAGUUUGGGAUAUGCGAACUAAGGCAGCUAUUCACACGCUAACUGGUCAUACUAAUACUGUGGCUACAGUAAAGUGCCAGGCUGUUGAUCCGCAAAUAAUCACUGGAAGCCAUGAUAGCACUAUAAGAUUAUGGGAUCUUGCUGCUGGUCGAACAUUAACGACUUUAACCAACCAUAAAAAAAGUAUUAGGACAGUUGCCUUACAUCCUUCUCAAUUUGCGUUCGCUUCCGCCUCAUCUGAUAAUAUCAAACAAUGGAAACUACCCAAUGGAGAAUUUAUGCAAAACUUUUCCGGGCACAAUGCUAUUUUAAACUGUUUAUCUAUUAAUAAUGAUAAUGUUGUCGUUUCUGGAGCCGAUAACGGAACACUCCAUUUCUGGGAUUGGAGAACUGGAUAUAACUUUCAGAAGAUUACUACUGCUGUACAGCCCGGCUCCUUAGAUAGUGAAGCCGGUAUUUAUGCCAUGGCUUUUGAUAAAAGUGGUAGCCGCCUAAUAACAUGCGAAGCUGACAAAACUAUCAAAAUCUAUAAAGAGGACGAAACUGCGACUGAAGAAACUAAUCCAAUCAAUUGGAAACCGGAUAUCAUUAAAAGACGGCGAUAUUAG